GAAGAAUGGGAAUGUGAGGGCUCGUUGUCAACUGCUGCGAGUAGGCGACCUGAGGAUUAUCGCUCGAGUCGAUCCUCGAGUCUAGCUGCAUUGUUGAAGAGUCUUGGCGUCUUUCCAAACUGUCCUGUUCCACCCCCGCCUUCCUGUUCGCAGCCAGCGCGAACGAAAUCCAGAAAUCCAUCCCACAAUCCAGAAGGUCCUCAGAACUUUCGGAGGUCCAAAUUCCGAGGGGGUGGAAUCAGUGGGGAAGUGGGUACUUUUGACAGGCAACUUUAACCCUGCUUGAAUUUUCCACUAUAAGCGAGGCAAUGGCAUUGGCUGCACUCACUGCCUUAGCACAGGGAUGCGUCAGAUAUGCCACGGUGCAUGGGGCGCAAAACCCAGGGGCUAGUCCUCUUUGGGCCCCGGAAUCGAGCCUAUUCGGGCCCGUCGAUCAAAACGGAGACUCUGCUGGUCCUCACACCCCCCUGCCGCCUGUCAUGCAGGGUCAUAGCAUAGGGACAGACCCGACGGGCGACGGUUUCCCAACAGGCGUCCACGGUGUGUUCUGUCUUCGGCCGAGCCAUCGUUUUGAGGCGGCGCCUAUAAAGUUCCUCCCUGGAUCCAGGCCUUGGGAUCUGUCGCACACUGUUCCAGGCUCCAGGCUUAUUUUUAUUACCUGUUUCGAGAUGCGGGUCUUUCAGUGUUCGUGGCCCUCGUGUGACAAGGAGUUUGUGCGAAAAGCUGACCUCGCUCGACACUUUCAGAUCCACGUCGACGAGCGGCCGUACGCCUGUUCCGAGCCGGGAUGUUCGAAAAAGUUCCACCAGCGGUCGUCGCUGAGUAUCCAUCAGAGGAUUCACACGGGCGAGCGACCUUAUCUUUGCGAGGUCAACGGUUGUCAAAGAACAUUUAGCGACCCUUCGAGCUAUUCUCGACACCAGCGGUCACACAGGAACGACAAGCCAUUCGUUUGCGGGCUGUCACACUGCCGUCAGAAGUUCGCCCGGAAAGCCUCCUUGGAACAACACCGACUGCAACAUGAAGAGCAAGACAUGGCAUUCGAGGAGCAGCAGCGCCGAGAAGCCCUCGCCCUCGACCUGUCUACAUACAGCACGAGCUUCGGUCUCACGGUCCCCCCUACGACCCCCUCACCCACGUUUCACAACGGCGAAGCUAUCGUCUGGGAUGCGCUCCCUUGCGACGACAUUGACACGAUAUUGGCGCGGCUCACGCAACAACCAAACCCGAACCUUAUACCUUGCCCGACGACACCCAGCCAGACUGAGAUCCAAAUACACCAGCGCGAUCGGCAAUAUAUCAAUUUGUCCGGACUGGCCGCCCAUCAGCCCGUCCAACAGCCAUUUCACGACUGGCCGUUACCCCCGGCCGCUCCCAGACCGAACCGGAGUUUCCCAACCUAUUACAUCGAUGAUAGCUCCAUAGCCUACAAUGAUGAUGGGUGGCUUCGAUAGCCGGAUAAGGGGUUCCUUGUGAUAUUACAUGUGUUGCGUGUUGUGUGCCGGGUAUACGGUUUUCUCAGUGCCUUGAGAUGGGCAGAUUCUAUAACAUAUUAAUCCGAUCUCUUUUUCUUGUGGUUCUUGAACUGGGACGGUUUCGUGAAGUGAUACUUUGUGUUUUGGAGAGCUACUUUUUUUUCGCAACUGUGUAUGAGACUGGAUGAACAAGAGUAGGCAAAGUCAGAACCUUGUUACUAGGAUCCUAGAAUGCAAGCUUCUCUAAAG